GCAAAGGGGCGGUGGUACAGGUUGUCUUUGGCUGGAGUUGGUUCCUCGGAGUUUGGGUUUAAAUCGGAGUCGGAGGUAAAGGUGGAGAAGUGGUCGGAGAUUUAACCAUUCCGUGGUGUUUACAAAGAUCGUGCAUGAGUCUGGUGUUGCUGCAUUCGGCUCCCCGGAGUGCGACUUUAUUCGGUUGUACAAGCUUGUUCCUGAACUUGUAGACCAAUGUCGAAUCGUGUGUACGUGGACCCAAAAGGUGCUUAUGAUGAAUAUCAGUAUCCAGUUGUGUUUUUGCCACCGUAUGAGAAUCCUCCUCCCUGGAUUCCGCUGCACGAGAGGUUACAUCACUCUGACUACAACAAUGAACUGACCCAAUUUUUGCCUCGAACCAUCCAGCUGAAGAAACCCUCUGGGGCUCAGCUUGGAUUCAACAUCCGAGGAGGCAAGGCCUCACAACUUGGCAUCUUCAUAUCAAAGGUGAUUCCUGAUUCUGAUGCGGAUCAUGCAGGGUUGCAAGAGGGCGAUCAGGUUCUUGCUGUGAAUGACAUUGACUUUCAGGACAUAGAACAUAGUAAGGCCGUUGAGAUCUUGAAAUCUGCAAAAGAGAUUGUAAUGCGGGUUCGCUACUUUCCAUACAACUUUCGAAGGCAAAAGGAGAGAACAGUGCAUUAGGAGAAGGUACUACAGAUGACCAUAUGAUGGGAUCACUACACCUUAAAUUAGCUGGAAAAUUAAUAGCUUUUUCACACCUUAACUGAUUGCAGUUGAGUUAGAAUGGGAUUUUAAAAUGUGAGGUAUUUAUUAAAAUGCAAAUUUUAUGAAAAUUAUUCUAGUUAGUCUGAAGUGAAAAGGUACCUGGUUCUGUAAAAAGGAAUCUAAUCCACCAGCAGGUAGCCAUAAGAGUAAAAUGUUUGUACAACUUACACUGGAUCAGUUUUAAUAAUGGAUAUUGUAUUUAGCUUUUUUCUAUAUAAAAAUAUAUCUGGAAAGCUGAAGUUUCACAACAUUUGCUUUUACAAUGAAAUAGGUUUUACUGUAGCAAUGAGAUUGUGUUUGCAUCAAAACUCCCUGCUUUUUCCAUCUGGUGUCAAAUGAUAUGCAAAGAGAUUUUGAAAGAAACAUCCACAUUUCUGCAAUGAACUUGCUUUGGUAGUUCUAGCUGUGACUGUGGUAGCAUGGGCUACUACCUGCAUUUUGUCAUUACAUCAACAAACCAGAAGAGUGGCUGUGUGAAAAUAUCUUGCUUUAUGAAUAAACAUUCUGUAACCAUUGAUAUUCACAAGAGAAUUGAGUAGCUUUUCCCCAUUAAGCAAUCAGAAAUAUAACCUCUGAAACCUUGAAUGAGGUCACUUGAAGGACCCUACCUGCAAGAAUUAAACUGAUAUCUAUUUUACCAAGAUACCAUGUAAAUGAAUCACUUUACAAACUGGUAUUCAAAUUUCUUGAUGCAUGGAGUCCUACUGAAGUGGAAGUAUGAUGCAAAGAUGUCUUUUUAACUUUUCUCUAUUAAGUGCUCCAAUAUAAUUCUGGGAAAACACGAAAUCCCAGACCUUCAAAACAAAUGAGGUAAGAAACGGUAACUUGUUCGAUAAAGCAGGGCAUGUAAUUGGAGCAGAACAUUUAGUUCUUAUCUGGGAGUCAACGGAGAAUUAUCAAGAGAAGGGAGCUUGAUUGACUUUAACUCUUGCUAUCCUGGGAUAAGAAAGCUAAGCAAAAUAAUCUACUUGUUCCUGCUUUAUAUUAGCUAGAAGUUAACAUUAUCCACACUCCACCCCCAGUUUCAAAAAUUGUAUAUUAAAAUAAAACACUGUUAAGAGCAUUAUUAUUAAGUGAUUGUACUGAUGUAUGUAACAAAGUUAUUAAUUCUGUUAAGGUUUCAUUAAAAAUACAGCCUGCAAUUCCUCAAAAUAGUCUUGCAGGUUUAAAGCAUUUCUCCAGAAUUGUCUUAAUGAAU